ACAUUUGCAGCGAUCUUUCGCAUGUACAAACAUCUGCGCCGAUGUCUGCGCAGACAGAUCGUUGAGUGUGGACCGGGCUUAAGAGUUGAGAUUUGUCGAAGUACAUGUUUGUGUCACAGGAAAGAUGUUAACUGGAGUGGCUGUGCCUUCUGUUAGAAAAUGUUAUUCUUUUUUGAUUGGAAGAAGAUUUCAUUGUGUCUUAGAACACUGUUGUUAUAAUCAUAACACGGGAAAGAAUUAUGCUGUGACAUCGAGAAAAGAUCAUACUGGUACUAAUGUGGAUAGCGAUAGUAGUUUGUAUUACCUACAUUUCAAAAAUGGCUUUAGUGAUGAUUUAAAAAUGCGUGUCGCACAAAAUAUGAUCGUAAUUGAAGAUUUUGUAACAGAAGGGGAAGAGAAAUCGCUGUUUGAAGAAGUGGAACCAUAUAUGAAAAGAUUACGAUACGAAUUUGAUCACUGGGACGAUGCCAUACAUGGGUAUCGUGAGACCGAACGUUCAAACUGGAAUGCAGCAAACUCAGUGAUAAUACAGAGAGUGAGAGAAGCUGCUUUUCCACCCGGAACACCUCAGCUCAGUUUGGUGCAUGUAUUGGACCUGGCUGAGGAUGGGUUCAUAAAAGCACAUGUUGACAGUGUAAGGUUCUGUGGGAACACAAUUGCAGGGUUGAGCUUGCUGUCAGACUGUGUAAUGAGGCUAGUUCACACGGAAGAUAAGUCGGCUAUUGUUGAUGUCUUGUUGAGGAGGAGAUCACUUUAUAUUAUGAAGGAUAUUGCAAGAUAUGACUUUACUCAUGAAGUUUUGGGCAAAAAGAAUUCAAAGUUCAGAAAUCAAGAAAUUGUACGUGGGAGGAGAUUGUCGGUAAUCUGCAGAAAUGAGCCAGAGCCCACAAAAAAGUGACACAGAAGAAGAAGAAGAAGAAGAAGAAGAAACUAAGUUUACAUAGUAUCUCAGAAAGUGGGGCUCAAAUCUCCUCACAGCCAUCCUGAUUUAGACUUUGUGUGGUCUUCCUAUAUCACUUAGGCAAAUGAUGGGAUGGUUCCUCAGACAAAACAAGGCAUAUUUCCUUCCCCAUUCUGAGGUUGUUUUUAUUUAUGUUAAUUACCUUGACAACUAAGGGACAUUGAAUCCUGAUUUCUGCCCAUUCUUUAAAUAUGUUUUGUAAGCUCCUAGACAUUACAAACUCUUUGCUACUACUGUUUACUCGUAACACCUUUUUGGAAAUGGCUGUUAUUGAUCCAAUUACCAGGCUGCUAUUGAAAUCCAUGUUUUGACACACUUGUUUUUUGUUGUUCUGAUGUGGAAAUGUGUCUCAAGACAUUGACAUUGUAUUGGUCAAAGAGAGAAGCCUUUUUCAAUUUAAAUGUAGCCAUUCUGAAUUAUUGAAAUAUGUUAUAAUGAUGAAGAUGUGACAGAAUUGCCUGUUAAAUAUGCAACCAAUAAGAGAUGCUAAGGACAGACAAGCCUUGCUUUUAAAUUACAGAAGUGUACCUGAUACUGAAAAACAUUGUAAAGUGAAAUAUUCAAGAAAAAUGACAUCAGCUUGUAGUAUUUCACGUAAGUUGAAUAAAUAGUAUUAUAAUUUCUAAA